AGGUCGGGCGACGGAUGCGUCGAACCGAUGUUGUCCCAUGCAUACGCGCGACUUCUGCUCCUCCUCCACCUUUGCACCGUCUCACUUGUUUUAUGUGACCAAUUUUGUGCAACUGAUGGAAACGACACACCAAUAAUAACCGACCCAAACUACAUGUGCAAUGAUGCAAACUUCACCAAUUUACGGAAUCCACCACUACAGAACAGUUCAUCCUAUGUAUCCCAUAACCCAACUCCCACAUUCAUCCCUAUUUCUGGCACUUUGCAGACCAACAAUUGUGAUGUCGUCUUCCUGCUUGACCUAGAUUCCACGUUCACUACUGAAGAGAACUAUACCCAAGUGAUUCAGUUCAUCAGUGAUGCGACCGAUACUUGCAUGAAACGAGGUGUUGGAUAUGCAGUAUUUGCGUUUCCAAUGUUUAAUGAUACACAUGAAACAGUAUGCUGUAGUCCAUCACAAUGCAAAACUGCUUUCGGAUUCAUGAACUAUCGGGAUUAUGUUGGAAAGUAUGAUGAUAUGGAACCAGUUCAACCAUCAACUAAUCAGUACAACUUUUCUUUUGUUCUCAUCAAUGAUCUGAAACGAGUAGGCAGUCCCCAGUCUGCAUGUCUUUAUAAUAACUACGUACUGAUCACCAAUAGACUAUUCAACAUAACCGAUCAGACGCUCGUGCUCGCGGAAAUCGCAAAAAUUUUGCGGACAGGAUGUAUCACGUUUACAAUUAUUGCCGUUGGAAAUUCGGAGAUCGAUACGAAAAUGAUGUACGAUGUGUAUAAGACAGUCACUCUUAAUACUUAUGUUGUACAGAGUUUUAAUUGUCUCGACAUAUUGAAGGAUUGCAUAAAACCUUGUGGCACCGGAGGAUCACAACAAUGCUAUGACGUCACACUAGACGUCUGUGCCACUCCAACUACAGCGGAACCAACGACAACUGUCACAUCGACGUCAACUCCAAAACCUACACUUGAUCCGGAGUAUUUGAAUGAUUGGCAGAUAACAUAUCUAUUUGCAAUCACGAACAGAACCUCUCAGGAACAGUUCAGUCGACUGGUCAAAUACAUUUCGGAUCCAUUAGAGGAUUGCAGUGGGAAGGCGAUGAUAAUUCGGUUUUUAGCGCGAAAUAAUUCGAAUUCUGGUUGGAUUUCUGAUGUUGAUCAGGUGGCUCCGUAUCUGCAACAAUUGUCAUACGACGAGGUUCUUAUAGCAUCAGACAAUCGUACCCUUCUACCUGGAAAUGAUAAUGUAACAUUUGACCUGGUCUGGGAAGCAGUUUCAACAUCUCCGUGUUACAAUGAAGAUGGUACUGUCCAUGUUCCAAAAGUUGUUCUGCUUACUGACUUUGUCUCUAAUGUAUUUGUUGCUCAGUACAACACCACUCUUCUUCCACUUUUGGAAUUUUAUGAGUUUAGUAUUAUUGCAUUCACUGAGGAAGCUUAUGAUGGGUACAAAUCGAAGCUGGCAAUGAAAGCGUUUCAAAUCACAAAUGACGAAGGUUAUGGAGACACGAACGAGCUGAAAUUGUGUCCGAAACAGGGAUCCAAUGUGACCACAAUUAUGUUUAUCAUAAUUGGAACUUGCUCUGGUGCCAUGCUCAUUCUUAUCUUGCUCACUGUGCUUUACCGACAGAAGUAUAUGUGGAUGAGAAAGUUGAAAAGAUUCAAAACUUCUCAUGUGGCAGAUAUUGAUGAUAAUGAUAUAUUUGAUCAUUGGGAACUAUCCUGGGACAAACUUGUCGUAAAAAACGAAAAACUCGGUCACGGAGCCUACGGUCACGUGUUCAAAGGCAAAAUAGUAGGUGUCCCACCUGCAAUCGAAAAAUACAAUAGAGCAGAAGCAUUGGACUACACGGAUUGUGACUGUGCUGUGAAGAUGCUUCCGAAAUAUGCGACAGAUGCAGCAAAACAGGAGUUUAGACAUGAAAUUGAGUUGAUGAAGAAUCUUGGAUUCAAUGAGCAUUUGGUGAAUAUGCUAGGAUGUAUUACUGUAUCUGCAAAAUCAUGUUUGGUACUGGAACACUGCUGUCAUCGGGAUUUACUGAGAUAUGUGAAAAACAAGAAGUGUGAUCUAGAAAUUUCUCGAAGUGUGGACGACACAAUCGAUAGUCAUAAAGAAUUUCUGAACUUUGCGUGGCAAAUCACUCAAGGAAUGAGAUUUCUUGUGGACAAACGUAUCAUACAUCGAGAUCUCGCUGCUCGAAACAUCCUUAUAACUGAACAGUGUGGAAUGAAAAGUGCAAAAGUCAGCGAUUUCGGACUUGCGAUUUUAAGUGAACCAAGUGAAAAUGGAGAGGUGACAGGAUCAGACCGUCUUCCCAUCAAAUGGCUCGCUUUGGAAUGUCUCGAAAAAGCAGAAUUCUCAUUUAAAAGUGAUGUCUGGUCAUUUGGAAUUGUGAUUUUCGAAAUGUAUUCACUUGGUGAUGUACCAUUUGCGGAAAUCGAGCCAACUGAGCUGAUUGCGCAUCUGAAGUCCGGAGCCCGACCAAAGUUUCCAUUACUCGCAACUGAUAAAAUUGAAGAGAUAAUGAGCUCGUGCUGGUCAGAAAAGUCAGAGGAACGACCAGAUUUUGAUGAGCUCUCAAAAUUGUUUGCAACUCAAUUGGAACAGACAACCGAAGGAUAUGGAUACCUGGAAUUGAUAAGAACAAAAGAUUAUCGAGUGAUUGCAGAAGCAUUACAAAAACCAGAUGAUUCACCUACUGAUGGAACAGAUGAACCAAUAUGUAUAGAUGAUCAUCCACCAUAUGUGACACGAAAUCGUUCAGUAACGUGGAGGAGUAAAGCAAAUGGAGAAGCAAAGUUAGGAAGAGAAUACAGUAUGACAACUCAUGUUUGUGAAGACGAAACUCAUCAAUUACCAAACGGUGUUCCAAAAUUACCCUCUGCCGCUCCAGCUGAACCACACGAAAAGGAUAAAAAAGAAAAGAAAAAGUCGUAUUUGAAUCUGAAUAUUCCAAAUAUUCUACCAUCUUUGAAUGCAAUUAAUCCAUUUUCAAAAGACAACGAGUUCAAGAAGACGUUCAAACGAAAAAAGGCCUCGUCUCGUCGCGGAUCGACAAAUUUCUAAAUUCCCCGCCCCAUCAAAUCUCAGUAUGUACCAAUUUUCUUCCGAUUUCUCAUAACAUAUUACCGGUGACUAAAAUUUCUAAAAAUAAUUCUGUAUAUACCCGCUCAAAUAAAAUUUUAAUUUUCAAA